AUGUCUGGUCGUGCUCACGGUGAUCUGCCCAUUCACGGCGGCCGUGGUGGUGAUCGUGGCGGCUCUCGUGGCCGCGGUGAUCGUGGCUCCAGUAGCCGUGGCAGUGACCGCGGUUACAGUGGUGAUCGGGGCCGUGGAAGUGAUCGUGGCGGUAGUCGUGGGGGUCGUGGCGGCUCCGAACCGCCCUCCGGAAUGUUGACGGACCCAAUUGAAGCUCCCAACGCGCGCGUACAUGCUUUGGAGGACCGCUACGUUGUAGAGUCCGCAAAGGCUCGCCCAGAGUCCGGCUCUUUGGCUCGGCGUCCUGGCUACGGUACCCAAGGUCGUCCGAUUGUGCUUCGUGCCAACUUUUUUCUCAUGGAGUUCAAGCCAAACGUCAAGUUCCAUUCGUAUCGACUAAAAAUCAAGCCCGAGCCGAAGAAAGGGCAGCAAAUGUUCGUCCUUCAGAGUAUGUUCCGCAAAUACCCUCUCUUCAACAAAGGAGUCGGCAUUGCCACUGAUGGGGCCACCGAGAUUGUUACGACUGAACUAUUCCCAAAUAAUCGAGAGCCGUUCGUUUGUUCCAUGGGCGGUGGAAGUGGCCAGGGGAGUUCAAGAUCGAAAGCUUACACCGGCCCUUGGGAGGCCACUCUGACUCUCGAAAGCUCUUUUUCCCCAGUUGACAUGAUGACGUGCCUUGAGGACGUUAGCCACCGAGGGGAAAUUGAGAAUGAGUCGCCCUGUCUCCGAGUACUGAACAUCCUCAUGAGUGCUUAUCCCUACCGAGAUUCCAGCGUCGCCAUCAUCGGCAAAGGACGAAACAAAUUCUUCCGGAUGGACAGGCGAAAGCAGUCAAUGGAGAUGAGGGGUGGCGCUGAAGCUGUUCGUGGUUACUACUCAAGUGUCCGUCUUGGAGCUGGACGAAUCUUCCUCAAUUUAAAUGUUAGUCACGGCGCAUUCUUCAAUGAAUGUCUGUUGUCUGAUAUACUCAUUGCCUUUGUCCAAAUUUACGGAAACGACCGGAAACUUAUUGGCCGGUUCCUGAAGGGUCUGAAAGUCCACGCCUUGCAUCUGGAAGCUCGAGAGAACGGUUCUGGGGUCAAGGAAAAACCAGUCCGAACAAUCUUUUUUGUUGCCACUCCUGAGGAUGGAUGCAAUGGCCCCAACCCCCCACGGGUUGUACGUGAAGCAUCUAGUGCCGACAACGUGCAGUUCUGGAUGGGAGAUGAGAAAAAGGGAAAAUACGUGACUGUUUCCGAAUACUUCUACAAAACUUACAAUAAGAAACUCAAGUACGCCGGUGAUAUGCCAAUCGUGAACGUUGGAACCCGUGAUCGUCCAGUUUAUCUUCCUGCGGAGGUUUGCGAAGUCCUCCCUGGGCAACCUUUCAGGCCAGAGCCAUCCACUCUCCAAAGACAGAACAUGAUCAAGUUCAGUUGCCGGCGACCUCCUCAGAACUAUGCCUCCAUUAUGACCGAGGGAUUGGACAUCCUGGGAAUAUCUGAAGGACAUACCAAGGCGGUAGGCAUCAAGCCCGGCAAGGAGAUGAUCACUGUAUCUGCCAGGAUUUUGAACCCGCCGAAUCUGCUUUACGGCGGCAAGAAGACCACUAACCCUCGAAAUGGCUCGUGGAAUUUGAUUAAUACCAAAUUCUCCCAGGGCGCCAGCAUCGGCAAAUGGACCUGUCUUUGGCUUCGGAAGCGCGGUAAGGAUAUAGAGGAAGUCCUUAAAGAUCCUGAAUUUGAGAUGGACGCGUUUUACAGGAAAUUGCGCGACCAUGGCCUGUCGCUUCCGCCGCCCUCCAAACCGUAUCUCCAAGUGCUUCUCGGUUCAGAUGAUAGAGACAAUCGAGAAAUGAUUAAGGAGGCAUUCAAAAAGAUCAUGAAAGAGUUUCCCUUCUUGGUUGUUUUGCUUCCUACCACAGAAGGGAAAAUCUUUGAUUACGUCAAGUAUGCCGGAGAUCUUAAGACUGGCGUCCUUACGCACUGCAUGCUGAGUACUAAGUUCAAAGGUGCCAAUGAGCAGUAUUUGAGCAACAACGCCAUGAAGGUCAAUCUCAAGAUGGGAGGAUGCAACCAACUUCUGCAGCCGGCGAACGCACGCUUCAUUGGCGCAGCGAAGAACACCAUCGUCGUUGGCUUGGAUGUUACUCAUCCGUCGAGCACAGACCCCGAAAUCUUCCCCAGUGUUGCUGCCAUCGUUGCCUCCACUGAUUAUCGCAUGGGACAAUGGCCCGGUGAGGUUCGAGCCCAGACGCGCCGCCAAGAAAGCAUUGAAUUCCUCAAGGAGAUGAUGCUCACCCGGCUGAACUUGUGGCAAAAGUCCAACAGCGGCAACUUGCCUCAGAACAUUCUCGUGUACCGCGACGGUGUUAGUGAUGGUCAGUUCGCUAUGGUCCUUGUAGAUGAACUUCCAAAGAUUCAAGCGGCUGCCAAAGCGGUAUACCGUGGAGCCAUGCCAAACAUCACCAUCAUUGUCUGCGGAAAGCGCCACAAUGUGCGCUUCUACCCUACCAAUGCGAAGGACCAAGAUCGAACAUCCAACCCAAUCAACGGGUGUAUUGUUGAUCGCGGAGUCACCCGUCCUAUCUUCUGGGACUUCUAUCUGCAAGCCCAGGCUCCUCUCCAGGGUUCUGCCCGUCCAGCUCACUACAUUGUCAUCCACGACGAGAUCUUCACCAACCCGAAAGUCAAUACGGACCGCAAGCCUGCUGACAUGGUGCAAGAACUUACCCACAGCAUCUGCUACCUGAUGGGCCGGGCUACUCGCUCGAUCAGUUACAGUACUCCUGCCUUCUUGGCUGAUAAGUUCUGUGAUCGUGCCCGGAAGUAUCUGUUGGCUUACUACUAUGAGAACAACCAGCAAGUCCAUAAUGAAGAUAAAUUCAAAGGUUCUACCUUGAAUAUGGCGAGCGCAUGCCAGAACAGCAUGGUCUACAUCUAA